GUUAAACAAAUUAAAAACGAGCAAGGGAAAGCCAUUUUUUCGCCCUUGCCGUAUGCCAGAGAAGAAGUAAAGACGAUAGGAGAAAUGCUCGGUGUCGUACCUCUCAUUGGAAAUGAAGCAACUAAAGAGGAGGUGCUGAAACGAAUCGGUUCAGUUGCCUUGGUACACAUUGCAGCGCAUGGCAAUAUGGAAACUGGUGAAAUUGCUCUGGCUCCGAAUCCCGCACGGAUACCCAAGAUCCUUGAAGAGAAAGAUUUUAUGUUGAAAAUGGCGGAUGUGCGAGCGGCGAAGCUGCGUGCAAGGCUAGUUGUGCUAAGUUGCUGUCACAGUGCACAAGGUAARGUUACGCCUGAGGGUGUGGUCGGUAUUGCAAGGUGUUUCCUGGGUGCUGGUGCUCGCUCGGUUCUCGUGUCACUCUGGGCAAUUGAUGACGAGGCAACAAUGGAGUUUAUGAAAAGUUUCUACAGGCAUUUGAGUCUUGGAUGUAGCGCAAGUGUAGCUGUUCACCUGGCUAGGAGGUGUCUAAGAGAGUCGGAGAAGUUUGGUGCGGUAAAACACUGGGCUCCGUUUGUUCUCAUCGGCGAUGACGUGACCAUAAAAUUUGAAGAAAGCCAGUGAAAGCAUCAUGCUGAAUGAUCAAGAACAGAGAAAGCGCCUUGAGAACAGUUUCUGUCAGAGCAAAGCUAGAGGGAAAAAGUCAUGCAAGCUGAAGUUGAGUGAGUCUCUUUCAAGGAAAGAGCUGUUAAAUCCAGAGGUCUUCUUUGUCUGAGAGUGAAAUAUGACACUUAUUCAAGUACUUUUCUUGUAUUUCUGUUUUUGUUGCAAAUCAUUGCCAAAGCGAGUUCCAAAUUUGGACAAGUUUUAAAUAAAUCAAUUUUAGUUGUUGUGUAAGUGUAAAAUACAAAAGAAAUUAGCAAAUAGUUAUUAGUCGCUUUGAAAUUGAAAAGCAGCCCAAAAUGGGAUAAUUUUAAUGCUUGGGGGACGUAAGGAGAAAGCUUAAGUUAGAUUUACUUGUGAUUUUAACAAAGGUGUUGAAAAUAAUCAAUUCUUGAUAGGCCUAAGUGCCAUUUCCAUUUUCUAGUACGAAAUUAUAAUUCAGAGUCAAGUGAAUAGCAUUUUGUUAUACCUUCCAACUCAAAAACGUUUUCCGAUUGGAGGAGAACGUGUCA